AUGAAUAAUAGCAAUUCACUGUCGUACUCAGGGAAGUCAUACUCUAGAGCAUUACUCACAAAGGAAGGUAUUGUGGUCAAAACUCAGGGACCUGUCACAGAUGCUUAUGAUCAAGUAGGAAACUCUAAUGGCUCUACAGUAUCAUUUCUCAGCGGAUGUUUCACAUGUCUGAACACUGACUAUGAAUGCGAUCCUUCAACGGUAGGCCUAUUACCGAAUAAUACUUUGAUUCCAUUCAGAAGAAUACUUAAUGCAAAAUCAGUUGAUUCCUUGGAGCAGUCACGUGACGGGUAUGGCCGUCUUGCCCAAAGUUCCGCGGGACCAAGUGAUCCUAAUGCUGUCAGACACGAUAAUGUUAAUCGAAUGGAUAAGAAAGGUUUAGAUGAUGAUGGCAAUGGCGAUGAGGAUGAGGAUGAGGAAUCUGCAAAUUCUUUAAUUGAAUUGACCUUUGUAGUACCUCAGGGAAAUGAUAUCGUUCCACAGAAAUUAUAUUUGUCUAUUGAACACGUUCCAACAGUAGGGGGUUCUCUGAUGAAUAAGAAUCAACCAAUCAAGGAUAGUAAUGCCGAUGGUGGUGGUAGUAGUAGCACAAUGACUACAUCCUCUCAAGAGGAUACUGAAAAUAUCGUCGAAUUGAUUUUCCAGCGAAGCUUUGAAGGUAUUAAAAGACAUAAAUCGAUCUUAGUGGUAAUCAACCCAUAUGGUGGGAAAGGGAAAGCUAGAACAUUAUACGAAACUAAAUGUCAUCCUAUCUUAGCGUCAACAGAAUGUAAAAUUGAUAUUGCUUAUACAAAAUAUGCACGUCAUGCUAUGGAUAUCGCUAGAGAUUUGGAUCUAGAGAAAUAUGACACAAUUGCUUGUGCCUCUGGGGAUGGGAUCCCUUACGAGAUUAUUAAUGGGUUGUAUCAGCGGCCGGACCGCGUUGCUGCGUUUAAUAAACUUACAGUGACUCAAUUACCUUGUGGUUCUGGGAAUGCAAUGAGUAUAUCUUGCCAUUGGACUAAUAAUCCCUCAUAUGCUGCAUUGUGUCUUGUGAAAUCCACCGAGGCAAGGAUAGAUAUGAUGUGUUGUUCACAGGAAUCGUAUGCCAAUGAAUUCCCUAGAUUAUCGUUUUUAAGUCAAACGUAUGGUGUCAUUGCUGAGUCUGAUAUUAACACAGAAUUCAUUAGAUGGAUGGGACCUUCAAGGUUUGAAUUAGGGGUGGCAGUCACUGUUUUGCAAGGUAGGAAAUAUCCUUGUGAUCUUUAUGUGAAAUAUGCCGUCAAGGAUAAGAAAGAUAUUCAUAUUCAUUACAUCGAACAAAAAAAUAAAACUACUUUAUUAUUUGAUAGAGAGACAACCACUCCAGAAGAAUGUACAGCUCAAUUAGCUUCAGAUAAUGAUUUGACAGAAGAUGAUUUCAAAUUGAAAUAUUCUUUAAAUAAUGAUGUUCCAGAGGAUUGGGAAAGACUUAAUCCAGAUAUUGCAAAUAAUUUACAAAUUUUCUAUACAGGGAAAAUGCCAUACAUGGCUGCAGAUACAAAAUUCUUCCCUGCUGCAUUACCAUCAGAUGGAAGUUUUGAUAUGGUCAUUACAGAUUCAAGAACACCGUUGACUAAAAUAACACCUAUCCUAUUGUCUCUAGAUAAAGGGACACAUAUAUUGGAACCUGAAGUUAUCCAUGCAAAAGUUCUAGCAUAUAGAUUAGUACCAAAGAUUGAAGAAGGACUAUUUUCUGUCGAUGGUGAGAAAUUUCCGUUGGAGACAAUGCAAGUUGAGAUUUUACCUCGAUUGGUGAAAACUUUACUUGUUAAUGGUUCUUAUAUCGACAGUGAAUUUGAUACUAUGAUCUAA